UAGACAGGGGCAGCCUCUUGGUGGAAAGCACCGUGACCUCCAGCAGUGCAAAAAGACCUGUGAGCAGACCAUGUGGCUGGACCAACUUUGCACAUGGCUGAGCACCGUGGCCUGUGGACUCCUGCUUCUCCUUGUCAUGGGCCAGGGUCAGGACCCUGCCAGCCCCAUCCGAACCACACACACAGGGCAGGUGCGGGGGAGGCUCACCCACGUGAAGGGCACUGACGUGGGGGUCCACACCUUCCUGGGAAUCCCCUUUGCUAAGCCACCUGUAGGGCGGCUGCGGUUUGCACCUCCUGAACCCCCUGAGUCUUGGAGUGGUGUGAGAGAUGGGACCUCCUACCCGGCCAUGUGUCUACAAGACCUCACUUCAAUGAAUGCAGGGGUUCAGAGCCUGUUCAACGUGACCAUGCCUUCAAUCCCCAUGUCUGAGGAUUGUCUGUACCUCAGCAUCUACACACCUGCCCAUACCCAUGAGGGCUCAAACCUGCCUGGUUCUGUGAGCAAUGGAGCCAUGCUUUGAUACAUAAGUUUGGGAGGUCCAGUUUGGGGUCCCUUGCCCAUGGCCCAGGUCAGGAGUCUUGCUGGAGUGCUUUCUGUAUGGACAAGUGGACAAAGCAGUGGUUGGACUAGGUAGGAGCCCUGGUGGGGUUUGGGUUGGGAAGGAGCCACACAGUAUGUGCCUUGAUUU